UCAACAAGCACAUAUGGGUGUAAUAGUCAGUUGUCCACAAACGUUUGGCCAUAAAGUGUGUGCAAUAAACGGUUUACUAUAUGGACCAUCAUGACAAAAACGAAAAAUAACAGAAAUCUAAUGAGCUUUAUAGCAGUUAUGUCAUUAACCGGUGAAGCCACCUCCCUGAAAUGAUUUUUUUUUUUGGAGGUUGGGAUAUGUGCAUCUGAGUUAGCCUGUUAACGAGUUUACAGCUGUAUUGCAGGCAAUGUUGAGAUUAGCUAUUAGACAUGGUAGGGUUUAAAUCGGUAUAAUUGAGCUACGCGCCAAUAUAUACAAAUGGACUGCUUGGUACAGAUAUUUAGCUGAUUCAGUGCUCUUUAUAGAGUAACUGUGUUUAUCCACGAUGCCUUCGGCGAAGGUGCUGAAGAAUACCCAGUACAUAGAGCUGGGCAGUUAUCAGUACUGGCCUGUCCUUGUGCCCAGAGGCAUCAGACUGUACACUUAUGAGCAAGUGCCAGGCUUUCUGAGGGAAAAUCCGUACAUCACUGACGGCUAUAGAGCUUACCUCACCUCCAGACUGUGUAUUAAAAGUCUUUUCAUCCUUUCCAACGAGACUGUGAACAUCUGGAGUCACCUGCUCGGGUUCUUCCUGUUCUUCUCGCUGGGAGUGUACGACAUGGUGGCUGUGCUGCCUAUGGUCGGAGCCUCCAGAGAAGAUUAUGUCAUCUACUCUAUAGGGCUUUUCUGCUUCCAGGUGUGCAUGCUGUGCUCAGUGGGAUAUCACCUGUUCUGCUGUCAUCGCUCGGAAAAAACCAGCCGGCGCUGGAUGGCACUGGACUACGCAGGGAUAUCUAUUGGAACGUUGGGCUGCUACGUCCCAGGUGUCUUCUAUGCCUUCUACUGCAAUAACUACUGGCGGCAAGUGUAUCUGGUUAUGGUCCUGGCAAUGACACUAGCGGAGUUCUUUGCCCAGAUACACCCCCUUUACUUGACUAAGAAGUGGCAGAAGCUGCGCUCAGUCAUCUUCUCCUCUGUAGUGGCGUAUGGCCUCAUCCCAACCAUCCACUGGAUCUGGCUUAGUGGAGGUUUCAGCUCAGAAAUAGUGCAGGACUUUAUUCCCAGAGUGUUCAUAAUGUAUUUGCUUGCUGCAGUUGCCUUCAUCUUUUAUAUCUCCAAAGUUCCAGAACGCUACUUUCCAGGUCAGCUGAAUUACAUCGGCUCCAGCCACCAGAUUUGGCACAUAUUGGUGGUGUUCAUGUUUUACUGGUGGCAUCAGUCUGCACUGUUUCUUACUAACUACAGACACACACACCCCUGCCCUGACUACCUCCAGCAUGCUUAGGGCAGAAAGAUCCGCUCUGAGAAAGCAGCACAACUGGAAUAUAAAUCACGAGAUUGUUUACCGCACAGCUUUUUUUUGUCAAGUGAUUGUAUUUCAGGUGAGAUUAAUUAAUCACUCCAUUGCCAAUGCUAAUCGUGACUACAGGCCAUUUUGGUCGCUAUGAGAGUCUAUAGUGAAUCUCAAAUGCAUUAGCUUCUAUAUAUGUUAAGCAAUUUGUUUGUAACUAUUGUAGAAGUGCCUAGUAAUUUCAUCCGAUGCGCUUUAGUUUUAAAGUGCACCAUAGGACCAUGCACUGCUGUAGCUGGAGAUGAUGGGAAGAACUUUUACAAAAACAACCGAGUUUCACGGCAGUAUUCGUCAGUCAAGCUGGCAUCUUGUAUCUGGGUCAUAACGAAUGACAAUCGAUGAUAAGCGUACGUUUAUCAUCGCCACUUUAUCACUCACUAACAUCGAGUGGAAUAGAGGAGAUUAUAUGAGAAUUGUUCUAGUUAAUAAUUGAAGAAAUUUCUUGUGAAUUUGUCGUCAACAAACUACCCAGUGGUAUUUGGAUAUCAUACCAAAGAUUUGAUGCUACAGUAAUGGAGAUUAGAAACAUCACAACAAAUAAAAUGAACAGCUGUUAGUACGCUGCAGUUUAAUUUGGGAAAGUUGUCACCAUUAGUACUUACAUUUUAAAUAAUUUACUUGAUACUUGUAAAACUGACUGGGACAAAGUGCAGAGAAAUUUAAUGCAAUGCAAAAUGUAUGUUAUACAUGAGGUUCAUUGUAGCACUAAAAUGCUGUGAUAAAAUAUUUUUCUCUUUUUUUAAAGGGUUUUGACAAGCUAAAAUGCAUUUUUCCCUUUUAUAUUAAUAAGCUGUCUGCCUUUUUACUGCAAAAAUGUACUACUAUAGCUUUUGAAAAUGUCACUUCUUUUUGUCAAUAUUUGUUGUAGUUGUUAAAACUGUUAAGGUGCAUUGUAUAUUGUUGUAGGCAUUAUUCCUGUGCAGAAUAGGUAAUCAUGCAUAAUUUAUUUUCAGUGUUCGUGUAGUGUUUAGAGACUGUUAUAGCUUUGUUCUCAGCUUGAUGGCACAAGCUUUUUUUUUAUAUCACGAGAAGCCCUGUCUUAUGAGAAAUUUCCUUUAAUGAGAUUAAAUUGAAAACUGUACUGUCCUUUACAACUCAACCCUGCUGUUUUCAGAAGAAAAUAAGUUUUAUAUAUAUAUA